AUGGCUGUCGUUAAUUGGCUCGCCCUUGCGGUGAGCAUUUUUGCUCUCUUUAAGUCUCUCUUUCAAGAGAGCGAAGAUAAGAAGAGGAUUCGGGAGUUGGAGGACUUCAACAGGGGGAUGGUGGAGUUCAAGAAGAUGUUGGAGGAGGACUUAAAGAGGGAGACAGCGACGAGAGAGAGGGAGGUGGGCGAGCUGCGGCAGCACCUGCUGGCUGUCCGGCGACUCGUCAUUCCUGACAGCAGUGGUCGGUCAUGGACUCUUCUCAGUGGCGGUCUAAAAUCGUGUUGCCCGCCCAAAGCGUUCAAAGCGAUUAAGCUAACCACAUACAUGGCAAUGCUAGCUCGCUGUUCUCGUCGCCCUGCUUCGAGGGGCUUCUUGUUGUCGGCGCCCCCAUGGUUCAUCGAUGUCGGUGCCGGCUCCCUCUCUACCGAUCUCACGUCUCGCUGGUUUGCCGGUCCAGUCCGAAGACGUCAGGGUGAUUAUACGGAAAUUGAUGAAGCAUGA